GUAUGAAUAAUGUGUUUGGGGGAGGACUUGUCCUUCUACAAAAUAAUUUAAUUCACCAUCUAGGAGUCUUUGCAAGGAAUUCGACUCAAUCACCACUACAUGCUGAGAUGAAGACUACCUUAUUAAGUAAUGAGGACCAGUGGCGGAACCAGAUACAGGGACAGAUUGUCUACACCUUAUUAAGCUUUGUUGAUGAAAAUGAGGAU